GGUCCUAGGCAGCCUGCUGGCUGAAGUCCCCCCCUCCCCCAGGAACUUCUUCCAAGCUCUCUUAUCCUUCCAAGGGAGGAUAAUGGGCACCGUAGUCCUCCCCAGAAAAAGGAACUUCUCUGAGCUGUCAAAAGGCUUCGCCAGUGGAUAUGCCAGGUUUUUUUUGGGGGGGGAGGUAAAAAAUGAAGUUUCUAAGCUCUCCGGGGGGGGGGUUUAAUCUGGGGGAUUUUCCCACCCGAUCGCCUCUGGUGAGUCAAGGGUUGCCUCCAGGGGAACAGGCUUGGGAGUUCUGUAGGAGCGCAAAUCAGCAGAUAAAUCCGUAACUUCUUUGCCCCGCUGAAUUCAGAGAAGGCCCGUCAGAGGAAGUGACAAGACGGCGACACCGCAGGCAGCAAAACCAAGUGGCAAGAAGCAGCAAUGAGCCGCCUGCCGUUCCCUGGGCCCCAAUGAACCUCGUCUCGAUGGCCGCCGUGGCCGCCGCGGUGGAGCCGGAGCUGAAAUGGGUCUCCCUGUGGCUCCGUGUCCGCUGGGCCGCGGCGCUCGUGGUGGUGCUGGCCGCCCUGGUCGUGUUGCUGCUCCCGCUGGCGGCGGUGGAAGAGCAGUGCCGCGCCGUGUUCAAGGGCUGGUCGCUGCUGAAGACCAAGCUGGGAUUGGGCUACGUGGGCGUCAGCCACUCUCCAGGGCAGACGACCGGCCUCAGCGUCACGUCCGGGGGAUUGGAGCUCCUGGUGUUGAAGCCGAAAGUCUCGGCAGAGAUCAGGCUGGAAGCCAAGGCGGCCCUCAACCAAGCCCUGGAGAUGAAAAGGCAAGGCAAGCGUGAGAAAGCCCACAAGCUCUUCUCGCACGCCCUCAAGAUGGACCCCGAUUACGUCGACGCCUUGACGGAGUUUGGCCUCUUCUCCGAGGAAGAGAAAGACAUCAUCCAGGCCGACUACCUCUACUCCAAAGCCCUCACCCUCUCUCCGCGCAAUGAGAAGGCUCUGGUCAGUCGUGACCGGACGCUGCCCUUGGUGGAAGAAAUUGACCAGAGGUUCUUCAGCCUCAUCGACAAGAAGGUCCAGAAGGUCAUGUCCAUCCCCAAAGGCAACUCGGCCCUCCGGAGGGUCAUGGAGGAGUCCUACUACCACCACAUUUACCACACGGUGGCCAUUGAGGGGAACACGUUGACCUUGUCCGAGAUACGGCACAUCAUCGAGACGCGCUACGCCGUCCCCGGGAAGAGCUUGGUGGAGCAGAACGAGGUCAUUGGCAUGCACGCCGCCAUGAAGUACGUCAACGCCACCCUGGUCUCCCGGAUCGGCUCCGUCACCCUCGGCGACAUCUUGGAGAUCCACCGAAGAGUGCUGGGCUACGUGGACCCCGUAGAGGCCGGGAGGUUUAGGACUACCCAGGUGUUUGUGGGCCACCACCUCCCGCCCCACCCUCGCGACGUGGAAAAGCAGAUGGUGGAGUUUGUCCACUGGAUGAACUCCGAAGACGCCAUGGGCCUCCACCCGGUGGAAUUUGCCGCCUUGGCCCACUACAAGUUGGUUUACAUCCACCCCUUCGUGGACGGCAACGGGAGGACUUCCCGGCUCCUGAUGAACCUCAUCCUGAUGCAGGCGGGCUACCCGCCCAUCACCAUCCGCAAGGAACAGCGGGCCGAGUACUACCACGUCCUGGAGGUGGCCAACGAGGGGGACGUCCGGCCGUUCAUCCGCUUCAUCGCCAAAUGCACCGAGAGCACCCUGGACAUGCUGCUCAUCGCCACCACCGAGUACUCCGUGGGCCUGCCCGAAGCCCACGGCAGCACCGCCACGGACUGCAAGCAGACCAUUUCGGUCAAAACCCGAACUUGAGGGGCUUCGUGGCACGGAAGGGAGGGGAUCUGUCGGGGUCCACCUUUCCAACCCCUCUCCAGGGAACGAGAACUAAUACGGCACUUUCUUUUUCAGAAUUUCAUUUAUUUAAGUAAGUUUUUAAGUUAAUUUUUUUUUUGUCCGCA